UCUAUGUGUGUGUGUAUAGUUCCGAAAUGGUAAUAAUUUUAUAUCCCAAUUGAGAGAUAGAGCAGGCAAGAACCGGAGGAAAUCCGAAUCAUUGAUGUUGUCUGUCUGUUCCAUGAAAGUAAAAUUGUGAACUUUGCAAAUAAUAGAGUCCCAUCGCCCCAACCGAACGGCUUCCCAAAGGGAACAACCGGGCUGACCUACCUUGAGCAUUGAAGGGACUCGCUGUUUCAUCCUAAAUUCACCGCCUUUUUGAAGGAGCAUGUCGGACGCUUAUUGGAGGUAUAGCGACUCGCAGCAGCAACCUCCGUCGUCGGUUCCUUCCGUCGCCGGGAAGCGCCCUCGCGUCGAUUACGAUACCAGUGGUCCUCACGAUUUGCCCAACUAUUACCCUCGUCAAGAUGAUAGACCAAUCCUCCAAGGAAUUAAAAGCGUUGAUUCCAUCAAUGAGUCCUAUGAACGUUACCUGCGCAGCUCGAAAAUUUCAUCUUAUGGUGAACAGUCUGCUAGACCCGUUGGUGGGGGAGUUCCUGGUCAUUCAAUCAAUGAUCCUCCUCCUAUAGUCGGGAUUGGGGGUGUGGUUUCAGGGGCCAAUGUUAAUGAUAGAAGUGCGAGCUUUGGAGGUGGAAGGCCUAACGUACCCCUUCCUCCAGAUGCUUCUAAUACACUAUUUGUUGAAGGCUUGCCUUCCAGCUGUACACGGCGUGAAAUAGCUCAUAUAUUUCGCCCUUUUGUGGGCUACAAAGAAGUGAGACUUGUUAACAAGGAAUCCAGAAAUCCUGGAAGAGAUUCAGUGGUGCUUGGUUUUGUAGAUUUUGUGAGUCCUGCCCAUGCAGCCACGGCAAUGGAUGCCUUACAAGGUAGAGAAUAAACUGCAUUCUCGAGCUGACAUGAUGCAUUGAGUUUGGAGACUACCGAAUGCUGUAAAUUGGAGUAUUCAUUUUUUAGAUCUUUGGUGGUUUCUUGCACCAUCGCUCUAGACAUCGGAUUCACAACACUUCUCCGCCCUAGCCCUAUAUUGGAAAUGCUUUCCCCCCUGGGCAUGUAUAGAUGCAAUUCCAAUUGUGGAGUCACUACUGAAGGCUAACUGAUUAGCCCUAUAUUGGGUUUCUCGUUAUGACUGCAAGGAGCUUUGGCAAUUGCUGCCAAGACUUAAGCCUGGCUUGAUAUUGAUUUGUUGCUUGUGGCCUUUUCUACUGGUGAGUGAUUGGGUUGAUUUGGGGCUCAAGAAAACGUAUAUGCAGAAUUGAAUAGCAACAUGAUUCUGGUGUAUCAGAAAUAGACAAUGGGAGUGCAAGUAAUAGGAACCAACUUCAUAUCAGAGCUUGUUGUUGCUGCUACUGCAUUUAUGGUGAGGAAAUUUAUGCACACAAAACGUGCUUGUCUGUGUUAUCAAGAGGACAUUUUUCUGUAAUAAUGGAGGAAGUCUUUGCUUCCAGCUUAGAGACAGAAGGUGGGAAAGGUUAUAGAAUCCGCAUUGUUGUUGAUUUCUUUUACAAAUAUUCCUUGCAAAUUAAGCAAUAGAAAUGGGGAUUCAAACCAAAGGCUUGUUUUUACUUCACUCUCAAUCCCGAGUGAUAACUGGAAUAGGGCUAACAUUUUAA